AUGAAAAAUUUUUCACAGUUAUUAAAGAAUUCGACGCUCUCCGCGAAUCCGAAGAGCCAAGAUCAUGUCCUUGGGCUGUAUAGUGACGCGUUUGGCGUGGAUAGCGCAAAGAUUGGUAUCUCCAAACAAACCAACGAGAUAAGCUUCGGCAGCUUCCUGAAGAGCCGCAAGAGCAGCAGAUUGACAUCGAAACCCAGCUUUGAAACUCCUGGUGAUUUCACUGACGAGCCGUUGGAAAGGCAAUUUGCGGAUGACAAGCUCUGUACUUUUUUUAUACCGGCGAAUUUUACGGAGUUCUACCGCACCAGGACGAAAGCGAUACGGCUUUAA